GCUCGGAGCCUGCGGGGUCGGGUCUCCGCGCUCUUCUGAGUUUUCGGCAGCUCCGCGCAGUUGUUUCUCAGGAAUGAGGCACCACUUCGUGGAGAGAUGGAGAGCCCAACUGCUGUCAUUUUGUGCCCUGCCAAGGAGGAGGGAACUGCAGUGACAGCAGGAGUGAGAGGCAGGACAGAGUCGAGAUACCAAGACCAGGUGACCAUGAGUCCCAGAGAGAGGGCUGAGAAGCAGGGUGAGGGGUGGUGAGAGCCUGGGGGAGAGGACACAACCAAGGAGCAGAAAGAGAAGGCUUGUGGGUCACAGAGCCACUCAGCCAUGCUGGGAGCAAAGCGACACUGGCCACCAGGUCCCUCACUCAGCCCCGGACUGCCCUUGGCCCUGACACUUCUGGCCCUGAGGGCCGGGUGGGCCCAGGAAGGGGCAGAGCCAGUGCUCCUGGAAGGUGAGUGCCUGGUGGUCUGUGAGCCUGGCAGAGCUGCUGCAGGGGCGCCAGGGGGAGCAGCCCUGGGAGAGGCGCCCCCUGGAAGAGUGGCAUUUGCUGCAGUCCGAAGCCACCACCACGAGCCAGCAGGGGACAUCAGCAAUGGCACCAGCGAAGCCAUAUACUUCGACCAGGUCCUGGUGAAUGAGGGCGGUGGCUUUGACCGGGCCUCGGGCUCCUUCGUGGCCCCUGUCCGGGGCGUCUACAGCUUCCGGUUCCAUGUGGUAAAGGUGUACAACCGCCAAACUGUCCAGGUGAGCCUGAUGCUGAACACAUGGCCUGUCAUCUCAGCCUUUGCCAAUGACCCAGAUGUGACCCGGGAGGCAGCCACCAGCUCUGUGCUCCUGCCCCUGGAUCCUGGGGACCGGGUAUCUCUGCGCCUGCGUCGAGGGAACCUGCUGGGUGGCUGGAAAUAUUCAAGCUUCUCUGGCUUCCUCAUUUUCCCACUCUGAGGACUCAAGCCUUUCAAGGAUGGGAAUCUAGCCCCUGCCCUCUGCCCUCUGCCCUCUCCUACCCCAGAUGUAGCAUCUUUAGGGCAGGAGAGACUCCCUUUGGCUGCCUUUAUUCCACUUCCUUGCAUGGGACCCUGUGCCAAACAUCCAAGGUGAAGAGUAGAGCUCUGGUGUCUUGGGAACUGCCCCUCUCACCCCACCCACUGUCUCUCUUUCUGCCUACAGCCCUAGGAUCAGGGCAGGGUUUGGCAGGUAGGGAGGCCUGCGCUUCUUUGCAGACUCUGCUCCUGCUGUUCCCCAUCCCUGACCCAGCUUCCUGCUCAGUGCUGUUUAGGAACAGGUGGCACAGGUGAUCCUCACAGGCCCCUACAGGGGACCAGAUGGACCAGCCUCCGCGUACCCAGUAGGCUCCUUCCUGUGAGGAGUGCUGCCAUCAGAGGUCUUGGCCAGCACAGUCAGAAGCUGAGCCAGCACUGUGUGGACUUGGGCGGGAGGGAGGCUCAGCCGCUAGCAAGAGUGUGGGGAGGGCCAGAGAGCAGCCCAGAGCCUGUGGCUGGUGCGGCAGGAAGGGGGCAUGCACCCAGCCUGAACACAGUACAAAUUUUUCGUGUACAUUGGGGCAGCCUGCAGACAGUGAACCCAGGCAUCUAUUUGUGGCACGUCUCAGAUGGACUCCGGCCCUCACCUCCCCACCCAAGACAUGGGUUGUGUAUGUUUGCUUUGGCCGAGAGCAGGUAUACAGAGCCUCCUUUGGCAGCUGGAGGUGGAGGUAGGUCACAUGUGGGCAAUUGUAGACCUCCAGGCAUGGAACACGUCAAUGACCACGGCCACCUCCUAGAACUGCUCCACCUUUGUAGUCUGAACUUCAAUUACUUCAUGUUCUAGCCACCACCUCCUUCCUCCUAGCUCUCUCAGCGACCUUCACUGUACCCGCUCCACAGUAUCCUGCAACCUCUCUUCUUUCUCCUGAUUCGUGCUAUCUUAUCCUCCUUCUUAAACUUGCUGUUACCUCAGAUUCCAUAAUUCAUCCUUUCAACCACUCUUCCUGCCAGUACUGUAAACUUUGUCUCACCUCUGUGUCCCAUUGGCCCAGCAUGGAUGACUCUAUCAAUAAAGUAAGUAGAGAAUGAU